AUGCGGUCCAGCAUAGCCUGCUCCCGGUGUCGCCGGAGCAAGAUCAAAUGCGUCAAUGCAGGCAUCGACACCACCUGUCGCGCCUGCGAAUCCACCGGUCGAGACUGUGUCUAUCCACCCCCGGCCGUAGGCGGCGCUGCUGCCAAGCGCGAUCUCGCCGCUACCCUUGAUGGCGAAGACCGUCCCGCGGCCGCAGACUGGGACAACAAUAAUAAUCCUAAAAGGCAGCGCUCGCGCAAAGUCCUCAGCGCUUCAGCUGCCGCCGCCAAGGAUGCCGCCAAGGCCAACGGCGACGUGCUCGAGUCGUCUAUCCUGUCGCCCAAAGUAUGGGAGACCCUUUUGGACCUGUUCCAAGCCCACUUUGCCACUGUCUUGCCCUUUAUACAUCCGGCUACCUUUCUGAACCAGGCUCGCCAGCUUUCUGCCUCGCAACCCGAUGGCCACGCCGACCAUUCGGAGAGUCCCGUGCCCAAGCCCGAGGUGUCGCCCUUGAUUCUCCUCGGUGUCUUGACUUUGACGGCGCGUUUCCAUCCGCAGCUGGUCGCCUAUCAUUCUCCUCCGGCCCCGGCCAAGCCGUCUAACCCCUCGGUCGCUUCCGAGUAUUAUGCCUCUGCCCUGCGAAACCGCCUGGCCGGCUCUGAUGGCAUGGGAAUCGCCAUUCCCGACCUCACCAGAGUCCAAGCACUCUUGAUGUUGGCCUUGCAUGAAUGGGGCAUGUGUCGCGGCAAGAGCGCCUGGGUGUACGUCGGAGUCGCUAUUCGCCUGUCGCAAGCUAUGGGCCUGCCAUAUGACCUGGAAAACGAUACGCCAUCGAACCGGUCGAUUCCCUUCAAGGUCGAGGCUGACCAUUUUGGCGUUUCGCGCCAGAGGGACCAACCAGACCAAAACCCCGACGAUAUCAUCGUCCUAGAGACGAAGCGGCGAACAUAUUGGGCAUGUUUCAUCAUGGAUCGAUGUCUGAGUAGCGGAAAGUACCGACCGCGCAUGAUCAACGUGCCCGAUCUCGCCAUUCAAUUACCGAGCGACAACGCCUUUUCCUUUGGCGAACGCGUUCGGACAUCCCGUCUGAGCGACAGCCCAGCCCGUCGCCCGCCCAGCUUCGAUGGCCCUGGUGUACAGAUUCCUAGUCUGCGCCAGAGUGUGCCCUAUAAUACAGACGACAAACUCCGCAAUGGAUCGACUGAUACGAAAGCGUGGUCCCCGGUGGCAACACGCAACGACUCCGACCACGACAUUGAUCGGUGGGAGGUCGGAGCUGAAGAGUCGGUCUUGAGUCGUGUCAUUCGCGUUAUUCGUAUCUGGGGUAGUAUCGCCAAGUGGGCUUGUGCUGGAGGCCGACGAAACGAAACAUAUGGACCAUGGCAGGGUGAAUCCCACUUUGCUGAGCUUAGGACCAGAUUGGCCGAGUUUCAGGAAAGCCUUCCUAGAAAAUUGCAGUAUUCUCAGCGAAACACCGACGAGUACAUCACCAACCAGAAGCAUUCUCUGCCGGCCUAUAUGCUUAUGCAUGUGGUGUAUUUUCUCUCGUUGAUUGUGCUCCACCGAGCCUACCUGCCUUUUCUUCCUCUCCGGUGCAGUGAACCUGUUGGUCCACUCGACGAGCCGACGUUUCCACGAGACAAGUAUGCCGUCCCCGAGGGUUUCUGGCGGGAUAGUACUAGGGAACUGUUCCGAGCGGCACGGCAAAUGAUGGAUCUGGUAACCACCUGCCAGGGGAGAGGCAUCCUAGUGGAGACUCCGCUCGUUGGAUUCGCGGUUUACAAUGCCGCUUUCAUGGGAAUCUACGCAGCCCAUUUUAGCCACAUGGACGUUGAUGGCUGCCUAUCCAGUAAGCGCUCGUUAUCGCCUGCCUCGGCCGGCACAAUCGGCCACCCACAGCUACCAACACGGAAAUCGCUCGAUGUCCUACGUGAUAUGCGACCGCGACUGGGCCUAGCCACUGGCUGGUUCCGCACCUUGAAUCGACUGCACAGCUAUUUUCUGAAAGUCAAAAAAGACUUCAAGUCUCCACGCAAUGCCGACGGCGUUGACGGUAUGAACGGCUUCAGACCCGUUCGCGAAGGUGGGCAGGGUGGAGGCCUCGAGGAGUUCAAGCUUCUUGAAAAGGUGUUUCUUGAUUUUGGUGAUAUUGAAGACCGCAUCCCCGAGGCAGUAUGUCUCGAAGAAGAUGGAACAGGGCAGGCAAUUGCCAUAUCGGAACGAGGACAUGCCUUGAGUGACAACGGCAGCAACGCCGUCAAGAGCGAGUCUGGCGACUCCCAGAUUGACGGUUUUGUCCAGCAAAGACGGGAAUCCUGGGUUCCGGUGAACAAUUCCAACACAAUACCACCCGGUGCUGACGUUGAUCGUCCACGGGCCGAGAUGGAUCGCCGACCUAGCUUGCCUAUGCCAUCGCGAGGCCUGCCCUCUCAAUCGCCAUACUCUCUCCCUUCCAUCCAACAUCACAACUCCAUUGCAUCGACUACAUCCCCCGGUCUGCCGUCUUUGACAUCCACGGCAGCUUUUAGCUCUGCGCCUCCCAGCCAGCCUCUCUCCCAAUACGCCCCGAACCGUCUGCAGCCGCUCAACUCAUGGGUCACACCCCAUCAGCAGGGGCCGCCUGCAUCCUACUCCUCUCACUCUCACUCUCUACCUCCUAUCAACUCUACCACGUCCCACUCAUUCCCGAUGCUCCCGCCUCCCGGCUCCGUCUCUUACGGCGGCGCUUCGUCGACAAACCACGACGCAAGCGAAUAUCCCAUGUGGUCCACCAGCCUCGGCGGAGACGAUGUCGUCGCCUUUCUCGAUGGCGGAAGCUUUGAUCAAUGGCAAUCCAUUUCCGACUCUGAAAUCGGCUAUCCAACCGGCUGGCUUAGCACAGUCUGGCACGACCUGACCUAG